AUGUUUGGUGGAAUCACUCAGGCUUCAGAUUCUCGUCUACUGGCUCUUUCUGGUCAUCUGGCCAGCUCUACUCAAGAGCAGGUGGCCUUCCGAGCUCGGUCUAGAGAGCAGCUAGGAGACACUGCCAGGGAGAUGCUUUUGAUGGUUACUGGCAUAUUCAUGGAGAUGGAUGCUCGGGAUCGUGCCCUUAGGGACACGGUGGACCGUCGGAUCGAGGAGGCAAGUCUUGAGGAGAAUUUAUCCGCGUCCAGCGAUGCCCGGGACAAUCUUGCCGCGGUCCAAGAGGACUAUAGGUCCCUCCAGUUCGAUUUACACGCAGCCAAGGAGGCCCGUAAGAAGGCAGAGGAGGAGGCAUCUGAGGUGCGAAAGCAUUCCCAGUCCCUAGAAGCAGAAUUGUCCCACAUCCGGAGGGUUCUCCAAGAGUCUGACGAGAGGGCAACUUCGGCAGAGGUUCGUUGUGGAGAAGUUUUGAAGCAGCUGUCCUCCACCGUGGAUGCUCUGCGUGAAAGGGACGAGGCCGUGGGCCAGAAGGAGGAAGUUCAGCGCCAGCAUGAGCAGCUGAAAGUAAAGUUAGAUGUUGUGCUGGCUCAAAAGAGUGAAGCUGUGGCUCGGGUUGUGGUCCUGAAGCAGGAGCUGAGUAAGCAGGCCGACAACAUUAAGGGCUUGACUUUGGCAGCAGAGGAGUCUAAACUUCAGAAUCAGCAACUCUGCCAACAAGUCAAAACCCUAGAGACGAGAUGCUCAGCCCUGUCUGAAGAGGCCAAAUUAGCCGAGGAUAAGGUCCAGUUGGAGGUUGAAAAGCAUUUGAAGGAGUAUAAGGAGUCCCCCGAGCUGAAGAGGGAGAUCCAGUAG